GGCACAGAGACAGACCCACCACACCAGACAUCAUCACCCGCUUUGCCUCCUUCCCUCCAUAUUACCAAUCUCGGAUUCGUCCGCAUUGAAGGUUGAAGGGCACUUCUGGACCAAAGUUUGGAGUGGCAUCUUCUCUCUUUCUCAUGAAAGAGAGAGGUAGCUCAGCAACACUUCUCUUCUUCUAUCUCCUGGGAUUACUUUUCAUGGCUCUCCUCACUUUCUUACCAGAAGCAUCAGAGACCAAUACCAAAAAGCAACAGCCUUCAAAGCGGAAGCGAAAGCAGCAAAAGCAGCCAUCAUCUUGGAACCAAAUCAAGAACCUACUCACCUGUAAGCAGAUCGAAGGGUCGCAAGUUCACGAUCCCUCUAAGAACCCAGGUGGGUACUCCAAGUUGGGGUCUUCUUGUGGUUCCAUAUGCAGUUUCAGAGACGUUGUUCACGGCAACACUAGGGUGGUUCACAGAGCUGACAACUCACCGGAAAGUAGCUCGGUGGGUCAGGAGACUGGGCUUCUGAGUCGGAAAACUGUGAGUGGGUCGACGUCGUCGACUCGGUCUCUAUCAAGUUCAGUGAGAUCCAACGCUAGUGCUACCUACACGUCCUCUUCCAGAGGCAUGCAAUUUAGGAAGCUUUCUGGGUGUUAUGAGUGUCACAUGAUAGUUGAUCCAAACAGGUACCCGUCUCCAAGAACAACUAUAUGUGCUUGCUCUGAGUGUGGAGAGGUUUUUCCAAAGACUGAAAGCUUAGAGCUUCAUCAAGCAGUUCGCCAUGCCGUUUCGGAGCUGGGUCCGGAGGAUUCGGGUCGGAACAUCGUGGAGAUCAUCUUUAAAUCGAGCUGGUUGAAGAAAGACAAUCCAAUCUGCAAGAUCGAACGGAUACUAAAAGUCCACAACACCCAGAGGACCAUCCAACGGUUCGAGGAAUGCCGAGACGCGGUGAAGGUCCGUGCGAACAAUAACACCAAGAAAAACCCGCGCUGUGCCGCGGACGGAAACGAGCUGCUGCGGUUCCAUUGCACCACCUUAACCUGCGCUCUCGGCUCACGUGGCUCCUCCAGCCUAUGCGGCUCCGUACCGGGCUGCGGAGUAUGCACCAUCAUCAGGCACGGAUUCCAAGGCAAGGCAGGUGAGGCAAAAGGUGUGCGCACCACUGACAGCAGCGGUCGGGCCCACGACUGCCUACCAUGUACGGACGGUCGCAGGGCCAUGUUGGUGUGCCGCGUGAUCGCCGGAAGGGUCAAGCGCAUGGCGGACGAUGCGCCGGAUGAGGAUGGCGCCUCGGCUGGCUCCUACGACUCAGUAGCCGGCUACUCCGGGAUGUACUCGAAUCUGGAGGAUUUGUUCGUAUUCAAUCCCAGGGCUAUUCUUCCUUGCUUUGUAGUGAUCUACAAAGCUGUUGAUUGAUUGAAAAACUUAUGUACACAUAACUAAUCCAACGGUCAGAUCAGUUUGCUGACCUCCCUUUGUCUUGUUUGCAUAAAAUCCUUUCGAUGCUGUCUCA